AUGAGGGACCUACAUUGCUUGUGUCUGAUUUUGUCUUUCUUAUGGGAACAGAUGGUGAAGGCUUAUAAAUAUAUGAGUGGUCUAUUUCUAGUGAGUCAUUCAUCGAACCAGCAAGCCACAGACGGUUCCAGGCCGCCCAGCCGGAUGGAUGUAAACCGGCUCCAGGAGCAAUAUCACUACUUAAAAGAGAAACAAAAACUGCACACCCAUGUCGUUGUGUUUAAAACAGGUGGGAAAGGGGCCAUUCCCAGGAAAUCCAUGAUCAGUGCUGUUUUAAUUAAUAAGAGCAUGAGGAAAGCAUUGAAAGGAAGAGAGUUCAAAGUGGGUUUGCCCUGCCACGGAAAUGGACAAGACAGUUCACCAUGGCGGAUACAUAUCCACCGCCUGGCACAUCAACAGGAACGGCCUUACGAUAGCCUCCAAAAUUGGACUGGACGUAGCACGUGGUCUUGCGAAGAAGAAUCCUUAGACGGUACUGAACCGGCCAUUGCAUUCUCCAUCAAAGAGGAAAAUUCACGCCCUCCUGAAGAGAUGGUCAGUUCCAACUCGACUCGGACAUCGGUAACUUCCAUUUGGACUUACUCCAGCCUCAACAUCUCAGCUUCAAAACCAGUAUCUAGUAAGCUAUCUUAUUACCCUUUCCCUCAGAAGAAAAAUCCCAAGGUUUCUGAAGCUGCAAGGAAACUUGGGUUAUAUGUCUCCCAGUGAGAAGUCUACCACAGAAGACAGUA